CUCUUUGAUGUUGCCAGCUCGCAUGUGUACCCGAAAUUGUUAAAUGACAUAACCCCGUCACCGAAUCACGUGUUCAGCCUUACACCAGGGCACCUGCAUGAACAACAUCGGGGCCGCAGGCGGAACCCUAAUCGCGGACACUCCCGACGUCCGUUUCAAUUACUCGUUUCAGACACCGGUGCAGGGGCGCUGUGCCGUAAUCGCACUCCAUCGUAUACACCCGAGCACCAUGGGCUCUCAUACAAAACGUCCCGUCCUCCUCAUUGGCAUCUCCGGCCCUUCCUCAUCUGGAAAAACCACACUGUCGCGCCUUCUCCGGGACACUUUCCCCUCAACCUUCAUUCUGCACCUCGACGACUUCUACCUCACUGAUGCCGAAAUUCCCGUCAAAAAUGGCAUCCAGGACUGGGAUUGCGUGGAAUCGCUGAACCUGAAAGAUCUCCGCCAGGCUCUGGAGUACAUUAAACAGCACGGGAAAUCACCGCCAAGCCUGGUGUCAAAGGAGGACCAGAAUUCCGUAGGCGAGCAUGGUGUCGAUCCCGCUUUCAUCGACAGGUGUAAAGCGUCGGUGCAGGAGUUGGUUGAAAAAUACGCUUGGGACACGCCCAUCGCGAUCGUGGACGGCUUUCUGUUGUUCUCCGAGUCAAUGGCUGAGAUCCGGGAGCUGUUCGAUGUGAGGCUUUUCCUACGCACGUCGUAUGAGACUGCGAAGAGGAGACGCGAGGCGAGGAGCGGGUAUGUGACACUGGAAGGGUUCUGGGAGGAUCCCCCUGGGUAUGUCGACAAGGUUGUUUGGCCGAAUUAUGUGAGUGAUCAUGCCUUCUUGUUCAAGGGGGGAGAUGUGCACGGUGAGUUGGAUGAGAACGUCUGCGAACGACUUAGGAUACAGGGCAUGCCGAGGGAGGCAGAGGAGAGCAUGACGGAGUGUCUGGCAUGGGCGAUAGGUGUGUUAGAGGAAACAAUCCAGUCAUGAUCAAAACACGUUGAACACUCUGCACAUCUAGGAAAUCCAUAACCUAU